AUGUACUCAUAUCGACGAGUUGGCAGUGACACUAUAGGAAGAGUCGAUCGUGAGCCGGCACCCUACAAACCGAGCUAUAGAGCAUACCGGGAGACGACAUCUGCAACACCAACUCGAGUUGUGUCUCGUGCCAGUUCCUACGACGCAUUCGCUGCUGGUGCCACCAGAAAACCAAUGUCGUCACCGUUUUGGUCUGGGCCGGAUAGAACGACUACGUCCUCCUAUACCAGGCCCAGUUAUUCGGGAAUGUCCACUUCGUAUACGGCCGACUACACUCCAUCUCGGACUUACUCUAACAGGUAUGGAAGUACGGACCAAUUAACCUAUAAGUCGCCGUACAACAACAACGUCUCAACGACGGCCUACAGUAGCGGUACGCUCCCACGAUCCAACACGAAUUUCCCCAGAGCUGGAAGCGUAGGAAUUUCGAUGAGGGAUAGCCCAUCUCGUAGCUAUCGCGAUUACACUCCUACCUCCUCAUACACCAGCACAGCAUCAAGGGAUAAAACCACCCGUCCGAAUCGAUUCGAUCGUGAAACCCGAUCGAUGACUAGAUCUGAGCGGAAUUCAAUCGACAGCUCAGGUGAGGAUAAUGUUGACAAGACCUUCCAAAAGCUCUACAAACGCUACGUUAAAGAUGAGGAUUUCAAAUCAGCCAGUGAGAAAAACUUGGCAGAUAAGAAGAAAAUUCGUUCGUUCAUAUCGCACAGUGAAGCCGAGGAGGAGGGUUCAUCAGAGGAAGAGCUAAGCCCUGAGGAAAUCGACAGUUCGUUCGCUGAGCAGCUACGUAAUAUGCGUGAGAGAAUGGGCGACCCAUUUAAAACUCCUAGUGGAUCAGGGAAGAACUCACCCGACGCAACGCCCAAAUGCUCCCCUAUGAUGCCCCGCAAAAGAGACGAGGACCUAUCCAACGCCAAAGCCGGAGAGAAGGCAACCGAGAAAACGGCGGCAGGACAAGUGGAACCUGCUAUGGCUGCAGUUGCUAGUAAAACAGCAGCAGAAGAAUUUCGCGAAAAGCACUCUACACUAGACUUCAAACCUGUGGAAGUGCCCGAGAAGUCAUUGAAGCCUGUCACAUCAGCGAUGGAUAAAUAUCUUCGACGAGAUUCACUGUCAACAAAGCUUGCUGAUGCCAUCGAGAAAAAGAAAUCACCCACGCCCAGUGGCGAAAACAUUUCCAACGAGACUCCAUCAAGGAGUGUGAGCCCCAAUGUAGCCCCUACCCAGUCUGCGACAAAAGAAAAGACCCCGUCAGAAGUCAUUAAGAAGCCGGACACAAUGGUCAAGGAGGCAUCUCCGGCUGCACCAACGCUUAAAGCAGAAGCAACCAAAGAGCAACAGGCUGCUCAAAGUAAGAGUCCUACGCCAGCCGCUGCCAAAAGCAGUUCAAGCUCCGACAAGGCGAAGGUUUCCACCACACCCACGACUCCGACAGUCAAAAAGGACGAGCCGAGGAGCACCCAGCAGCCUGUCGUCAACGGUGUCUCUUUAAAGAACGAUGGGUCUCGGCCAAGUAGCCGAGCCAGUCAAAUUUCAUCCAGAUCCCGCUCCUCGAGUCCUGUCGCCAAAAGUGCCCCGAAACCGGAGGAGCCCAAGAAAGCUAUGCCGAUUCUCUUUACCGUAUCUGUUGAAAAUCAAUCCGACAAGGAAGGAGCCAAGGAGGAGCCGACAGUGGACGUCACCAUACCUCUGAAUGGUCUGAAGAGAAAUCGCAGCCGAUCGGCAAGCCCUGGCCGAAGGUCACAUCAUCGCCACGUGAAGGAAGACAACUCGCAGUUGCUCAGCGUCAGCUCGACAGGGCACCACGGCUCCCGAAUGCGACGCUCGGCAAGUCCAAGCGACAACGCCAGUUCUACCGGCGAUGAGGAAGCCAGAAAAGGUCGUCGGAAGCGUCGUGAUCCCACGCGGACUCUGGAGAACUUGAAAGAGACACUGGCCAGUGAAAAGCAUCCAGGAGCUGAACAAAACGGAACCAAAACGGAAACAACUGGAUCAACAGGUUCCACAGGCAGCGAAGAUAGCGGGCCGGUGUCCGAAAUGGCGAAUCGUCCAAAACCUCCACUGGUUCUUGUUACCGAACCCGAAAAUGAGACAAAUACUAGCGAGUGCCCGGAACUAUGGGAGGAUUCCACUGAUGGCGAGUGGACGGAGGCCGAGGACGAGGCCGACUAUGAAUCUGAUGAAUAUUCGAUUUCGCAGACGUUCAGUCUUAAAGACUGUAUGCCUAUAGGCGAUCUCUAUCCUCUUUCCCGUUCUUCUUCACGAUGUUCGGCAUUCGUUUCCGAUUAUGACAGUGACUCCAGCAUGCCACUGUUCAUGCUUCCGUCGAGAAUGGAGGAGUCCCGUGGCCGUGUCGAUCGGCUUUUCGCAGUGCCACCUCCGUCAUUCACCUGCUCGAUUACAUACGAUGGUCAAGAGAGUUGGGACGAUGAAAGCCUCCAUUCGUGCACCGAUUUUGAUGACGAAUAUUGCGGAAGGCUGUCCCGUUACAGUCGAGCAGAAUCAUCAGCUUUGGGAGCGUAUCUCAGUCCAAGCAGCUACACAUCAGAUGAGGUUUGA